GCUGCCCCAAAUCUCGGAUGCCACGAGCACAGAGCUAUCCAGAUAACCACCAGGAGUUUUCAGACUAUGAUAUCCCAAUAUUUGAGAAAUUUGGAAAAGGCGGGACUUAUCCCCGAAGGUAUCAUAUUUCAUAUCAUCACCAAGAUUACAAUGAUGGUCGUAAAACUUUUCCAAGGGCCAGAAGGACCCAGGGGAACAGCUUCCGGUCUCCAGUCAGUUUCAGCCCCACCGAUCACUCCCUGAGUACAAGCAGUGGGAGCAGCACCUUUACUCCAGAGUAUGAGGAGAACAGAAUGAGAAGAAGGGGAAGUGACAUAGACAAUCCUACCUUGUCAGUAAUGGACAUCAGCCCACCUAGCCGCUCACCACGAGCGCCAACUAACUGGAGACUUGGCAAGUUGCUGGGUCAGGGUGCUUUUGGCAAAGUAUAUCUCUGUUAUGACGCUGACACCGGAAGAGAAUUGGCUGUUAAACAAGUUCAAUUUGACCCUGACAGUCCAGAGACGAGCAAGGAGGUAAAUGCACUUGAAUGUGAGAUUCAGCUGUUGAAAAACCUGCUGCAUGAAAGAAUUGUUCAGUAUUAUGGCUGCUUGAGGGAUCCCUCUGAAAGAACACUCUCUAUAUUCAUGGAAUACAUGCCAGGGGGUUCCAUUAAGGACCAGUUAAAAGCGUAUGGAGCACUCACAGAGAAUGUGACCCGAAAAUACACACGGCAGAUUUUGGAGGGAGUUUACUAUUUGCACAGUAAUAUGAUUGUACAUAGAGAUAUUAAAGGAGCAAAUAUUCUGCGGGAUUCAGCAGGCAAUGUGAAACUAGGUGAUUUUGGUGCCAGCAAGCGACUUCAGACUAUCUGUCUCUCUGGCACGGGAAUGAAAUCUGUCAUGGGGACUCCAUACUGGAUGAGUCCUGAAGUUAUCAGUGGAGAAGGGUAUGGGAGAAAAGCAGAUAUCUGGAGUGUAGGUUGUACGGUGGUGGAAAUGCUCACUGAGAAACCCCCUUGGGCAGAGUAUGAAGCAAUGGCUGCCAUCUUUAAAAUUGCCACCCAACCAACCAAUCCACAGCUGCCACCUCAUGUCUCGGACCAUAGUCGAGAUUUCCUCAAGCGGAUUUUUAUCGAGGCCAAGUUGCGACCAUCUGCAGAUGAACUGCUAAGACAUACAUUUGCACAUUAUCACUAACAGCCUGCCUCAACUUAGCUUGCAUCUACUGCAUUUAUUUUCUAUUUGACUGCACUUUUAUUUUUAUUUUUUUACAAAAAAUGGAGAAAAAAGACAAGAGAGAAAACGUAUUUCUCUUGAUUCUUUGUUUCACUUAGAUUAUAAGCAAGAAUCUAAAUUUUUGUAUGUAGAAUGAGGGUCUCUUCUCCUCUCCCUCACCCUCCAACAGGACCUAGAACCUUUCGUUUCUGUAAUGUACUGAUGUGGUUCACAAAGAUAAAGCACUUUAGUACAUAGUCAUUCCUUAACUAAAGGGAAAACAGACAUAUGACUUGGACUGUCAAGAACUGUAACUUUUUCUACCGCUGACUGUCUCAGGAUGCAGGGGAAAAUACAUAAGCAGCUAGUAUGCAGGGAGAAGAAAAUCAUUAUCUGUGAUUUGUUCCUUGUACUGUAGGUAGUUGCUGCUGAGGGUUUUAAGUUAUAUUUUAGCUUGUUAAUCAGUUUCUGAAUAUCACACUUGAGGCAUGAACCCACAGUUCUGGAAAUUAAUUAGAAAGCCCAAAGAGCUUAGAACCCUCAGUAGAGACUGCUCUGCAUAAUAGAGCACCUGCCUGACACUUCCUUUGUGACCAAAAGAAAAUAAGGCAGGAACAUAACUCUAAAUCAGUAGUUAGUAGGAGCUGUUAUAAAGUUAUUUUAUUAUCUUCAUAGAACAAGAAUUACAGGUAAAUCAAAGAUUAUAGAUCCAAACUCCUAGAGAGUACAAAGCUCAGGGGAGUAGGCUCCAUAAUGAAGAAACAAAAAAUAACCAAAAAGAUCAACAGAUAAAUAGAAAUAAUAUCCCCUGCAGCUGCCAAAGAUAUGCCUACCAUAUAAGUUAAAGGGGGGGGGGGGUCACUUUCCUUAGGUGAUGGUAAGACACAAAACGGUGUGAGAUAGUCCAUCACCAUCCAGUGAUUGGCAAAGAAAAAAAUUAAUCCUUAUCUACUGUAUGCAUCAUCUGACUAUCAAAAUGAACUGCAAGGAAUAAGAGAUUCAGAACAAUUGUCAGAGACUGAGAGAGAAUGUAUUUUGAAGGUCAUGCACCUGAAUAUAAUAAUCCUUCUCAAAUUGUUUUAAAUGUGAUUGUUUUAAUAACACAAUCCAGUUAUUAGGAUGUUUGAAAAAGUCCCUGAAAUAAAAUGAAUUCUAAUUC